AUGCCUCGCAAACGAAAGUCCAAUUUAGCUAAUAGCUCUAGCAGAGCUCGGGCUGCUAAACUUGCUAGAUCACUGGAAUCAGAAGAGGAUCCACAGAUCCGUCGCACUUUAGAUGCCGAGCGUCACGCAGCUCAAAGGGCUGCUGAAACUUUUGAGCACACGCAGACCCGUCAUAAUUUAGACGCUGAUCGUCAUGCUGCACAAAGGGCUGCAGAGACCCCUCAGCAGACCCAAGCUCGCCAAGUCAUUGAUGCCGAGCGUCACGCGGCUCAAAGAGCUGCUGAGACCUCUCAGCAGACCCAAGCUCGCCAGGUCAUUGAUGCCGAGCGUCACGCGGCUCAAAGAGCUGCUGAGACCUCUCAGCAGACCCAAGUUCGCCAGGUCAUUGAUGCCGAGCGUCACGCGGCUCAAAGAGCUGCUGAGACCUCUCAGCAGACCCAAGCUCGCCAGGUCAUUGAUGCCGAGCGUCACGCGGCUCAAAGAGCUGCUGAGACCUCUCAGCAGACCCAAGCUCGCCAGGUCAUUGAUGCCGAGCGUCACGCGGCUCAAAGAGCUGCUGAGACCUCUCAGCAGACCCAAGCUCGCCAGGUCAUUGAUGCCGAGCGUCACGCGGCUCAAAGAGCUGCUGAGACCUCUCAGCAGACCCAAGCUCGCCAGGUCAUUGAUGCCGAGCGUCACGCGGCUCAAAGAGCUGCUGAGACCUCUCAGCAGACCCAAGCUCGCCAGGUCAUUGAUGCCGAGCGUCACGCGGCUCAAAGAGCUGCUGAGACCUCUCAGCAGACCCAAGCUCGCCAGGUCAUUGAUGCCGAGCGUCACGCGGCUCAAAGAGCUGCUGAGACCUCUCAGCAGACCCAAGCUCGCCAGGUCAUUGAUGCCGAGCGUCACGCGGCUCAAAGAGCUGCUGAGACCUCUCAGCAGACCCAAGCUCGCCAGGUCAUUGAUGCCGAGCGUCACGCGGCUCAAAGAGCUGCUGAGACCUCUCAGCAGACCCAAGCUCGCCAGGUCAUUGAUGCCGAGCGUCACGCGGCUCAAAGAGCUGCUGAGACCUCUCAGCAGACCCAAGCUCGCCAGGUCAUUGAUGCCGAGCGUCACGCGGCUCAAAGAGCUGCUGAGACCUCUCAGCAGACCCAAGCUCGCCAGGUCAUUGAUGCCGAGCGUCACGCGGCUCAAAGAGCUGCUGAGACCUCUCAGCAGACCCAAGCUCGCCAGGUCAUUGAUGCCGAGCGUCACGCGGCUCAAAGAGCUGCUGAGACCUCUCAGCAGACCCAAGCUCGCCAGGUCAUUGAUGCCGAGCGUCACGCGGCUCAAAGAGCUGCUGAGACCUCUCAGCAGACCCAAGCUCGCCAGGUCAUUGAUGCCGAGCGUCACGCGGCUCAAAGAGCUGCUGAGACCUCUCAGCAGACCCAAGCUCGCCAGGUCAUUGAUGCCGAGCGUCACGCGGCUCAAAGAGCUGCUGAGACCUCUCAGCAGACCCAAGCUCGCCAGGUCAUUGAUGCCGAGCGUCACGCGGCUCAAAGAGCUGCUGAGACCUCUCAGCAGACCCAAGCUCGCCAAAUCUUAGAUGCUGAGCGUCAAGCUUCGUACAUAGCCGCAGAGACCUCCGAAGAAACACGUAGACGAAUCCAGUUUCCCCUCAAACCAGCCUUCGCAAUGACCAUUAACAAAGCGCAAGGAGGAGGUCCACAGUCUGUCAGUGAACUGUCCUACGCUGUUGAAGAUUAUGAUAAGCAGGUGUUUUAUGUUUCUUGUUCGCACAUCAAAGUGGCUGUGUACUGA